UUUUCAAUUAUUGUCCUUGACAAUUGGUGAAGUAAAUAAUAAUAAGUAAUUGUUACAUUGUACUUUUAUUAUUCUGAGUUAUAAAGAAUACACUUAUAUAAACAAUUGUUUUAUUGUAGGGUUCCAUCAAUUAUUUCGCUUCCCAAAAGGGUUCCGUCUUUAAAAAAGUUAGAGAACCACUGCCUUAAGGCAACGUCGCCUACAAGAGCCAGCUUUCGUAGCACACCCACCAUACACUUACCGAGCAUCGUAGCACCAGAGGACAUUAAGCUACGAAAAACAAUAAAUCUGGAUAAUAUUGACCUAGGCAGCCUACAGUUCCUGUCUCAUGCGUUGCAGGAUAGCAGUACAGUGAAUAACAGUGAAAAAUUAGUGAAUGUGCGUAGUUUUAGCUUGCUUAUAAUUGUACUUUAUUUUAUCUUAAUUAUAUCAUUAAUUGUAAUUUUAUAUCGAAACAGACUUACUAUUUUUCAUAAAUUAUGUCAAAAUCAUCAACCUCAUACUCGUAAUUCGCAUCGGCGAGCUCGUUUGCAGUUUGCUCGCGCACACGUCGAUUGGACCCUAGAUCAAUGGACAGCUAUUCUCUUCUCAGAUGAGACGAGGGUGUGCCUCUUUUGCAAUGACAGACGCAAAAGAGUAUACAGGAGGCAGGGGGAACGUUUCGCCCAAGUAUGCAUCCAGGAGACAGUAGAAUAUGGGGGCGGUUCCUGUAUGUUCUGGGGCGGCAUUUCGGCCGACGAUAAAACUGAUCUUGUUUGCGUCUCCCGGACCGGUGCCGCGGUGGUGCUCGCGGGCAAGGAUCGCUGACUGGUCACCGGUACAUAACAGAGAUCCUGGAAGUACAUGUGGUCCCCUAUGCCGGUUUUAUUGGCGAGGGGUUCACAUUAAUGCACGAUAACGCUCGUGCUCACACUGCAGCUAUUGUGCGCGACUACCUUCAGGAGGUCCUUAAAUUGAUAAGAUCAAUGAGGGAACGUAUGAUGGCUGUUAUCAGGGCAAGGGGGGGUAACACUAGAUCUAGGUUAGUUUUAAGCAACUUUUUCGACCUUUUUUUGUUAUUGUACUGUAAUUGUGUAUGGCUAGAAUGUAAGAUUUUUAUUGCACUGUAAACUUUAUUUUUUUGUAUUGAACAAAAACACUUUCAGAAUGGAUUUUUCAUUUUUGAGUAUUCUUCAUUUCUUUACCUUUCUAAUGAUACCCAACACUACAGACACCAUUGAUUCCAAGUAAGGUUAAAAGUCCUUCCAAGGAAAUUUUUAGAAGGUGCGAUUUUUUUGACGCCGAGUGUAAUUCUUUUCAACGAAAAUAGUAGACCAUCUCAAUAACCGAUUUAUAUCAGUUCCGUUUGAACAUCGCCUGUCUUUAGAUGAACAGAAGAAAGAACGAGCAAAGAAAACUGCAAUGCAUUCAGCGAAUAAGGUGGCUGUUAUUAAUGUGUUCAAACACGUUGAAGAAACGUGGCCGAAGGAUUCAUAUCCGAACAAAAUUUAUGUUGUUAACAAAACAGGUGAAAUUAAACGAAUUUCACGAGCCCUAAACGUGUAAGUAAACAGGUUUAUAAAAAAACCUAUCAACAGGCGUGAAAAUACUUCAUUAUAAAAUGAUUUUAAAGUACAAGUUUUAUUACUGAAGAAUUUAUGUUGUAUGUAAUACGCUUAACAAUAUUCUAUAGUAGGGCACACUAUGAACAAAGUUUGGCUAGAUGAGUCAAUAAGUCAAAUAAAGAAGUUCAUUUACAAGGUUUAUUUACAGGCUUAAAAAAUCCAAGUGGAAAACGACUCAUCGUAGAUCACAUAGGUAAAAUUUUAUUCUAAAACAAAACUCACAAUUCUCUUGGAUAUUACCUCAUUUAUGUUGAAAUUCCUUAUAAUUAAUUAUAAAAAAUAAAUUUCCGGAUUUUUAUACUCAAUAAUGAUUAAUUUGUUUACAAGCUCAAACACUAGCUUUUAGGAAACAACAUUGUUAACUAUGUUUACACUUUGGCUCAAGUAUAGGCAAAAAUAAUAUUUAUAUAUUUUUUGCAUGUUAGUAUAUCGACGAUGAAGUGACAAGAACUCCUAACUGACAUUUUUGCGAUUUUACUUUUUUUAUGUAGAUAGACUUUAAAUUAUCGUUUGCGUGAGCUGGCAAAAGCAGCUAACUUUAUAUCUUAUUUUUAACGAGUUAUUAAUAACUGACAAUAACUAUUAAGCAACUAUGCCUCAAAUUUGCUGACAAUAUCAUCUAAUGAACUAAUAACAAUAACGACUAAAUAACCUUCGCGUAAUUAUUUCUGUCAAGACCUCCUAUCUUCACUCCUGCUAGACGCGUCCUUACUCUCACGCAGCUGCCGGCCGACUGGAUGGUCCCGCUGGCGUCUAGGAAGGAUAAUAUUUCAUAGAUAGGCUAAAAUGCGGGAGUGAGACGGGUAUAACGGAUCAUGCGAUAUUCGCUUACCUUUUUUCUUCUGUCAUUUCGUUUAAAUUCGGAGCAAGUUGCAACGUGCAAGUUGGCGUAAAGAGUGUUUUUUGUUAUUUUUAAAGUAAAUAGUGGGAUUUUAGGUAAUUAUUUUUUGCCUUAUAUAAUGCUUAUACAGUUAAAACAUAUUUAGUAGUGUAUUUUCUUUUUUUUUGUGUAUUUGUUAAAGUUAAUGAAUAUGUUCAUCAAUAACAGUAGGUUAUCUUAAAAGCGAUGAAGUCUUCUUGUUUUUUUUCCGAACUAUAAUAAUAAAAUAUAAAGCUUUUGUUAUUCGUUUACUUAAAUUAAGCUUUAUACUACAAUAAUAUCAUAAGACUAUUAUGUUAUCGUUAUUCCUAUUGGUGUGUUCCAAGAAGUUAGAAGUUAUUGUUCGAGUGUACAAAUUUUAUUUGUAUAUUUUAAGUAAAUAGAAGCAAUUGUUUUUGUUUAAUUAGUAUUGGAUCAUUACUUUUAUUUCGCACUAACAAUAAAAUACUGGUGUUUAGUCAUCAUCAAUAAUAAUCAUCUUUUUUAUAGACCAACAAUAAUUAUUAUUACUACCGCUAUGGCUCGAUUUCUACAAGGAGUGAGAAGCAAAAGGAUUCUUAGCGAACUUCAACAAGAUGAUUUGGUAACAAACCUAAGACAUUGUACUCCUGAGGAAAAUGAACAGAUAUUUGGACGUCAACACGAAAUGCCUGAAGAUAAUAUCAACACGCCUCUUUCUGGAAAAUGCUGUAGUCCUAAACAAAGCGAUGAUGCUAAUCCAAAGGAAGCUAUCAACACCAACGUCGAUGUUUUAAGUUCACCAGAUGUCUCUAACUUUGAGCCCACAGAAAUCCUCGACAAUAAUGAUUAUGAAUCUACUUCUUUAAAUUCAUGCAGGCGUCGUCGUCUCGUAGUAAGAUCUUGGUCAUUAUCUGAUUUAACACAGGAUACACACAACAUGAUCAGUUCCCUAAAAAAGUCGCCAUCGGUUCCGGCCUUGUUAGCCAUUAGCAAUAAUCUUGAUGUAUUAAUUGCGUUUACCAGAUCGGAUCAGAUCGAAACUGUAUCGGAUGAUGUUUACCAAAUUCCUGAAGAAAGGAGUUCUGCUGAAGAAUGUGUGACUGAGUACCAAAAAAUUAUGGAGAUAUGGAAGAAGGUCGAAAACGUCGUCACAAUGCUGAUCCUAAAUCUUGGAAAAGGAAUAAGGCUCGUUUGAAGCGAAUGCGAGGUGAAGAGUAUCUUGGCUAUUCUAAACCAAAAGACAGGAAGUUCCAACAAGAUACUUUAAGUCAAGCAAGACGGUUAGGACCAACUUGCGUCUCCAAUUUUUGUAAGAAGAGUAAGGUAAGAGGCUGUGAUAGGUUCAGUGAAGAUUGUCGGAAGGAUAUACAUAGCAAUUUUUGGAAGAAAAUGACCUGGGAUCAACGAAGAGUUUAUGUUACGAGAUUGGUGACACGAUCUAGUACAUCUCGGAAGACUAAAUCAGCUAGUGAACCAUCUAGACGGGAAGGAACCCUGUCAUAAUUUUUGCCAAUUGAGAAAGACUGUUCAAAUAAAGUACAGGUAUGUAAACAAAUGUUUUUAAACACUCUAGCACUGGGGUCGUUUACUGUUCAAGCAUGGGUAAAAAAGAGUGAGUUUGGCAUGACUUCAAACCAUGAUGCAAUAUAUGAUUCCAAAACAAAGACUCCAAGAGCAGAAGUAGAAACGAAACUAUCUAUUUUAAACAAUUUUUUUACCAGUUUGCCGAAAUUGCCGUCUCAUUACGCAAGAAAAGACACAUCUAAACUCUUCAUAGAACCAAUCUAUCGUUCUCUUACCGAUUUAUACAAAGCGUAUCAGAAAUAUUGCACUGAAACUAGUCAACCUAAUGUUAGUAGAUUUACAUUUGAAAAGAAUUUUCAUGAAAAAAAUUUGUCACUAUUUACGCUUAAAAAGGACAUGUGUGACACCUGUUCAAGUUACAAUUCGGGUAAUUUAAAUGAAUCAGAUUACCAAAUACAUGUAAUUAAGAAAAACCGAGCUAGACAAGAAAAAGAAGAGGACAAGAAAAAAGCAGCUGCUGGAGAAUUUUUACUUUUGACUAUGGAUUUAGAGGCUGUAAAGAUUUGUCCUUACCUUACUGCUAGUGCUUUAUAUUUCAAGACAAAGUUAACGUGCCAUAAUUUCACUGUUUUUAAUUUAGUAACCAAGCACUGCACUUGUUAUUGGUUCGACGAAACUUCUGCUGAUUUAACGUCUAGCACUUUUGCAACAUUUUUAAUUGAUUAUUUAGAGAGACAUUGUAUUCCACAUCAGUUACCAAUUGUUAUUUACUCCGACGGGUGCACAUACCAAAAUCGUAAUUCUGUGCUGGCAAAUGCAUUGCUCCUUUUAAGCAAAAAACACAACGUAAUCAUCAUGCAAAAAUUUUUAGAACCAGGUCACACUCAGAUGGAGUGUGACUCGGUUCACAGUGCCAUUGAGCGAAAACUCAAAAAUCGGGAAAUUUUGCCCAGUGAUUAUGUUACGAUUACCAAAGAGGCACGAAGCACUAACCCCUAUGAAGCAAUUAAUGUAGAUCAUGAAUUUGUUAAAGAUUAUGCCCGACCUGAAAAUAUGCUUUAUAAAAGUAUUCGACCAGGUCGCAAAGCGGGUGAUCCACAGGUUGUAGAUAUCAGAGUAAUAAAGUACAAUACGAUGACAAUCGAAGUUAAACUGGGUUUUGACGAAGAGACCUAGGUUACUAGCUUCGGAAGCAAUCUAUCCUCAACUACAUCCUACCAAAAUUCCAAUUACUGUAACGAAGUACAAUCACUUGCAACAACUAAAAGCAGUAUUACCUAAAGAUUGCCAUAAUUUUUACGACACUUUGCCAUUUGUUUAAAACAUUUAUACAUUUAAUAAUUUUUGUGAUAACAUAGCUGUUUUUCCAUCAUUAUCUUCCUGCUCUUGUCCUAUUUUAAUUGGGGUUGACGCAACACAAUAUUCUUUCUUCCAUUCUAUCCUGUCAGCAAUCACGCUAUCACUGAUUCUCUUUUCUUUCCUAACACUCCCAUCCAACUUUUCUUUGCUCUCAACCUUUUCAGUCACUGGUGCCACUUUCAAACUUCCUUAAAUAUACUCAUCUCACACUUUUUCCAUUUUCGACACUCCAGAUUACGUACCUAGUUGUUCCAAUAAUAUUAAUUAUAAACUGAUUAUUUUGUUUUCUUUUAAUUACGUCUCUAAAGCAAUUAAGCCAUUUUUAUGUUCUAUCAGAUAUUUGAUUGUAAUAAUUAAUAACACAAUAUUAUUUUCUAAUUAUGUGAUUUUUUUU